AACGCCCGGCGGCUAUUUUGGGAUAGGAUUUGGGGGCCAAAAGUUUCAUGAUCUAAUGAGGGUAUACCUUGCCGAGGCUCGCACCUUAACAUCAACCACCUUCAAGCGCAACAACAAACGACGCGACAUGGCCUCGCUAAGCAGUUGGGAGAAGCAAGAUAUCCUGCGCUGCGCGCGAUUUCUGAAAAGGAUCGAAGGCUGGGUCGACCCCACCUGGGGAUUUUAUGUCUAUGGCACCUACACACGCCUGCAAAAGCGAAAGGAUUCAGACAAGGGGAACGAUGAGGGCAAAGCCCAGGAGAAAGCGGUAGACAGCGAACACUUCCAGGCUGUGCUGAACAAGCUGCACGCCCACGCUGCUGAUACCCUGCGCUACGAAUAACCAGAGCCGUACAAUUAACAGUUUAUUGACACUUUGCGCUUACAACCCGCUGCGUACCUUCCUGGCGCUUCGCUCGCUGACAUCUGUGAACAUUUCCGCUAGAACGCAGGCAGUUUUCUUGGCGCUGAA